AUCAAUAUUUUGUGUUAAAAACUGAGUUCGAUUGAAUCCAAUAUUUUUGGUCUACAUUCUUUCUUUUUUUUGGUUUUCUACUCGGUGUCCGGAGCCCGUGGAGUCACAACUAAAUUUGGAUCACUCACUGCAGGGCCCAUUAGGGGUGACGCUCCCAACAGAAUUUUUUUCGAACCCAAGACCUCUGGUUAAGGGUGAAACAGUUCCACCACUGCACCACAACCCACGUUGUUGGUGGUCUACAUUCACCACUAGCUAGCAUAUACUCCAUAUUUAUGAUUUAACUAUAAUUAAGUGAUGAUAUAUAUAUUUCUACUUUAAUUUAAUAUAAAUAUGGAGUGCAAAGUAAGUUUUUUAUGAGAGGUAGUAUAUGUUAUUUUGUUUUGUUUUUAUUUUUAAAAAUUCCAUUAUCUUAGUAGUGAUAUGGGGUGAAGAAGUAAGCAGAAGUUCAGUGCAUAAACAUUCAUGCAUUAUAACUCUAGCAAUUGCUCACUAAUGCAUUUGCACUUCCAAUAUCAUCUCUCUUUCCAUUUCUUUAUUUCAUGAUAAAGGACUUUCACAUUGCAAAGAGAGAGGAAGAUAUUAGUACAUAUGCAGGUUAUGUAGGUUCUUCAUUUAUGCUUGGAAGAGCUUUGACAUCUGUGUUUUGGGGAACAGUGGCUGAUCGAUACGGACGAAAACCAGUUAUAGUUUUUGGCACUUUUGUAGUGGUUGUUUUCAAUACUCUCUUUGGUCUUAGUGUCAACUUUUGGAUGGCAAUCAUUACACGAUUUCUUCUUGGCUUUUUAAAUGGUUUGAUUGGACCAAUAAAGGCAUAUGCUGCAGAAAUUUUUCGUGAAGAAUAUCAAGCACUGGGAAUGUCAACGAUUAGUACUGCUUGGGGUAUCGGAUUGAUUAUUGGUCCAGCUUUAGGAGGCUUCCUUGCUCAGCCUGCAGAGAAAUAUCCGGACUUAUUCUCAAAGGAUUCUAUAUUUGGGAGAUUUCCCUACUUCUUGCCUUGCUUAUGCAUAUCACUGUUUUCCUUGGCUGUGGGUAUUGCUUCAUUUUGGCUCCCGGAAACAUUACACAAUCAUGAUUCAAGAAUGCCACCUCAAAGUUCAUACGAGACUCUGGAGGCUGCAUCAGAUACAAAAGACGGAACUGAAUCAGCCCCAAAAGAAAACCUUUUUAAGAACUGGCCAUUGAUGUCAUCGAUCAUCUUAUACUGUGUCUUUUCUCUUCAUGAUAUGGCUUAUACAGAGAUCUUCUCAUUAUGGGCUGUGAGCCCCAGAAAGUUUGGAGGCUUAAGUUAUUCAACUGUUGAUGUUGGUGAAGUAUUGUCAAUCUCAGGAUUUGGCCUUCUAGUCUUUCAACUAUCUCUAUAUCCAUUGUUUGAGAAGUAUAUUGGCCCUAUUGUCAUUGCUCGAGUUGCAGGAGUUUUGUCAAUUCCCAUAUUGACAAGUUACCCUUAUAUCGCCAUGCUGUCUGGGAUCGCCCUCUCUGUCGCAAUAAAUUUUGCAUCAAUGAUCAAGAAUGCUUUAUCCAUCUCUAUCAUAACAGGGUUGUUCAUAUUGCAAAACAAAGCAGUGGACCAGCGACAACGUGGAGCUGCUAAUGGAAUUGCCAUGACAGCAAUGUCAAUUUUUAAAGCUCUUGGUCCAGCAGGGGGAGGAGCACUUUUUUCUUGGGCACAAAAAAGGCUUGACGCUUCCAUUCUUCCAGGUGAUCAAGUGGUAUUCUUUGUGCUGAAUGUGAUUGAGGCAAUUGGUGUGUUGCUGACAUUCAAACCAUUCCUUGUUGAAAAACAAAAUACUUAAUUAAUCAGAGGAGACCUUAUGGUCUUUUCAAUUAAUUAGCUCUCUGUUAAUUGUCAUUUUUUCCUUAUGUUUGUGUAGGGUGUGGAACUUCAUUCAUCCACAAGUUCUACAUCAAUCAAAGUAAAAUUUACAUAUUUGAAAGAAAA